UAACCUGAAAAAUAAAUGGUUCAACAUGAUACUGUAAUGCCUAUUAUUGUUGAUCUAUUUGCAAAUUGUGAUUUUCGACUUUAAAGUUUAGUCGCCAGACGUUUUCAUUGGAGCAUUGUUCGGUUUCCGGCGGAAGACCCAAAACCACCGACACCCACCUUAAGACGUCUGACAACCGUUAUUAUUUAUUCAAAACAUAUACACAAGCAGCCAAGUUUAAAUUCGUUAUCAAAAUAAAAGUUAAAACAGCUUUGAGUGCAUUGAAUUCAACACACAAUACAAACAGAACAGUAUAACCAUGAACCGGCCUAUUUGGACAUUGCCUUUAAGCAAGCACACGAUAAAUAAACUAGAUAAACUUGGAUACAAGUGUUGUGAAGAUUUGAUCGAUUCACUCGUUUCCAUAUUGUGUGAUAAGAUUGUUGCAUGGCAUAUUUUAGACGAUCCUGAAAAGAAAUCAAAGUUUUUACGAAAACAUAUGGAAUCUGAAUCUGAAAUCCGUGAUAUGCUGAAAACUCCUAAAUACAAGACUGCUGCAGAAUUAGAUAUUGAACGUGAUAGUAUUGCUACGUUCUGCAAGUCUAUCGACGAACUUUUAAACGGCGGUGUUCAAGUUGGACGGAUAACAGAAUUGUCUGGAGCUCCAGGCUCGGGUAAAAGUCAAUUAAGCAUGCAACUCUGUGUAUCCGUUCAAAUACCGGUGUGUUUUGAAGGACUACAAGCUGAAGCAAUUUAUGUUGAUACCAACUCAAAUUUUUCCGAACUUCGGUUAACAGAAAUGAUCGACGCUUUCCUCGGCCAUGUGUCUAAAGUAUUAUCGGGACCCAUCGAUUUCAAAGGAGCAGCCAAUAGCGAGUUGCUAAAGAGUCUGACCACCGCUAGCAUGCUGAGUAAAAUACACAGGGUUCAAAUGAAUGACCUAAACCAGCUGUACGCUUUGUAUACGACUCUCGAACGUCAUCCGAACGUGAAAUUAAUCGUGGUGGACAGUUUCGUCAUGCCGCUGUACCAGGUGGAAAAUUCGCUGAGAAAGAAUACGCUGGUCCACAGCGCUCUGGAUCUAUUGCAAACCAUCGCUUACGAACACGAUCUGGCUGUGGUGCUUACUAACGAUCUGACAACCGCAGUCACCGAAAACGGAGCAGAAGUCUUUCCGGCAUUAGGUGAAUCGUUUGGUCAUCGUGUUCAAUACAGACUUCUGCUGAGUAAAAUUCCGGACCGGCCUAACGAGUACACUGCGCUUCUGAAGAAAAGCGUCGAACACAGUCGUUCCGCUGCUCGAUUUACAAUUUCAUCAAACGGAGUGCGUGAUGUGCCUUCGGAAGAAUCGUCGCAAUAAACGAAGGAAUGAUCGGAAAUUAAAAAAAAAUACGUUGUUCUAUACAUUUAUUGUAAUACAGUGAAAAUUAGAUAUAGAACGGCUGUAUAACAUAGUUCGUAGACACACGUACAUAACAUUAUAAUAUUAUACAAUGGUGUUACCCGGCACCUAUUAUUAUUUAUGGCGCACACUAUUCACAUGUCUCAUCGGAAAAAGGUUUCACGGCAGGACGGACGUCGGUGGUGACGAGGCAAGCAGUCUGCGCGCACGUCGUUCGACAAACUUUUUGCACUGGUACACACAUCUAUAGCGUUUAGCGUUCCGUUGACCGAAGAAGAAGAAAGCGUCGUGAAAAAACAUCCACCAAAGAGACUGAGAAU